UAUGUAAACAUCAGAACAAAGUUACUAACACGAGAACGCGUGAUAAAUAUUUUUUAUUAAUAGAUCACAACGCCUUGAUAAAGUUUCUUUCACCCGCUUUGUCUAGAAGGCAGCACGGCCGUCUGUCGCCCACCUGAUUUCCUUACAAGUCUGUACCGAGUACUGAGAAGUCGUCAUACAGCCGCUCACUUGUUGGACAGUUGUUGUCUCGUGCGCUCGUGUCGAUCUUAAGAGAGUGUGUAAUAAGUGACAGUAGAUAUAGUGUGGUGCGGAUGAGUUCGCGGUAGCGAUUUAGUGCGGUAUGGAGAGCGCGGUGCACGCGGCGGUGCCGCUGCGCGUCGGCAAGAAGAUGCGGAAGAGGAGAGAAUUGGACGCUCUGGUCGGUGGUGCCGGCUCCAGAGGAGGAAGGUUAUUAUCGGCUUCAAGUGAUGAAGGGGAACCGUGGGGUAGAAGAAGCUCUCGAAGACGUCGUACGCGCCCUUUUCUCCGUCUCGCCGCAGCUCUUGCGCUGUGUGUAUGCGUGGUGUCCGCGGCCACCGUGCUCUGGUUGUUCGUGGACGUGCGGCGGCAGAUCGUCUCACUUCGGAUCGAAAUGGACAGAGUAUCAACGAGUAGCGACAGCGUUGGUGACGCGCUACAGGUAUGCCACAGCGCGGCCAAGGAGCUGCGCGCGAAUGCGACAAGCCUGCACGAGCGGCUGACGAGGCUGGAGGGAGAGCACGCGGAGCUGGCUCGGCGUGCGCAGCAGACCGCCGUAGAUCUGGCCUCGGUAGCCGACCAGCUUGCUGCCGCGCCCAAGCUGGCCGAUACUCCGCGCCGACUUGCCGAGCUGCAGAGGACUGUCGGCGAUAUUGGCUCACAGAUAAAUAGUUUCGAAGGCGCGUUAAACUCAGCUCGUAAGUUAGCGCUGACGGCCACGACAGGCGUGGACGAGGUGAAGUCCUCGCUGCACCAGCUCGAGCUGAGGAGUAACGAGACCAUCGCCAACGUCACCAGCAACGCCAAGAAGGAUGAUGACCUCAAGGAACAAGUUGCUACACUCAAUGCAACGCUCCUCAGCAAAGUCAAUAGUCUUGAAUCAAGGAUAGAAGAGAUUAAUAAGCCAGUAAAUACAUCAGUUCCGACGCCCACGUCUACAUCCACAUCUACGACCAGCUCUACCACCACCACAACAACGCAGACUCCGGGGCCUCCGGUGAAACCGCCUAUUUUACGACAUUGAAAAGCAAUAUUCCGUAUUGCGUACAAGGUCUAGUGAAAUAAAGAUUGCUCACUAUCUUGUCUCAAGAAACAGCAAUACGUCCUCAAGACAAUUAUAUAAAUAAGACAAAAAAAUUAUCGUUUAAAAAAAUACCCUCCAUGUUUAGGCGAAUUGAAAUGUUUAUCUAUAGAAUGGAACUUAUUGGUGAUUGUGUAAAUUUUGAAGCGACUUAUGGAAAACAAGGCAUUUAUUUAAGUGUAACUACAUCGAAGUUUUUCAAUGUCGGAAUAUCAACGAGCAUUAUACGACGGACUGGGGUAAACAGUGAUAACUCGAUUUGAUACCAAUGUAAAUAUUUAUAAUGACUUUACAUAGUUUAAUUUGGACAUACGUGAUGUUAUAAUGUGGUCACACUGAGUGUUAAUUUGUCAGCAAAUGUGUGAGUUACGAUAAUAAAUUAUUGUUAUA